CAUCUCGCUUCUUGUUCUUGUUCUUCGUCGGUUCUUCUCUUUGCAGUCUUGCCUUCAAAAUCUCUGUUUCGUUUCUCCAAUUUUCUCUCUCUAUAUCUAACUCUACAUUUAGUGAGAGAAGGCAGAGAGAAUUUGGAAGAUGGUGCGGAUGAGCAACAAUUUGAUAGGUAUUCUGAACCUGGUGACGUUUCUGCUCUCGAUUCCGAUUCUUGGAGCCGGAAUAUGGUUAAGCCACCAAGGCACCACCGAGUGCGAGCGGUUCCUUGAGAAGCCGGUCAUCGCGCUCGGCGUCUUCCUCAUGGUGGUGUCGCUCGCUGGCCUCGUCGGCGCGUGCUGCCGCGUGUCGUGGCUGCUCUGGGUCUACCUCCUCGUAAUGUUCCUCCUCAUCGUCCUCCUCUUCUGCUUCACCAUCUUCGCCUUCGUCGUCACCAACAAGGGCGCCGGACAGUCCUUGUCAGGCAAAGGCUACAAGGAGUACCGGCUUGGUGACUACUCCAACUGGCUUCAGAAGAGGGUAAAUAGUACCAAGAACUGGAACAAGAUCAAGAGUUGCUUGCAGGACAGUAAGGUCUGCAAGAGCUUGAUUGACGAUGGUUCUUCCACUCCUGCUGAGGAUUUCUAUCGGGAGCACCUCUCCGCCGUUCAGUCGGGUUGCUGCAAGCCCUCAGACGACUGCAAAUUCGCAUAUGUUAGCCCGACCAACUGGACGGCCAGUGCUACCCCUUCGGACACCAAUUCAGAUUGUGGCCUGUGGAGUAAUGACCCAUCUACCCUGUGCUUCAACUGUCAAUCGUGCAAGGCCGGGCUGCUGGACAACAUAAAGCAUGACUGGAAGAAGGUAGCAGUUGUCAAUAUUAUAUUCCUAAUCUUUCUCAUCAUUCUGUACUCGAUUGGGUGCUGCGCCUUCAGAAACAACCGGGAGGACAAUUACGCGUGGAAGAGACAAUACCCCUGAACGCAUCCCGAGUUGAGUGAAUAAAUAUUAUGGUUUCUAGAUGCCAUAGUGAACUGAUAAGGCUUCUAUAUAUUUGUUCCUAUGGGAUGUUUGCUUCUGCAUCUAUACUCGGCUUCUUUCAUUUGUAUAGCUGUCUCUGUCUCGGCUUAUUCAGUCUAAUAUUGUUAGCUUAUUCAUUUUUCCGUAUAUUCUAUAGAGGCUUCUGACGCGAUCUACUGUUGUCACUUGGUACCUCACUGUAGUUGAUGUUUAUGUCCUAGCUUGUUCUAUUUUCACGGUUUACUUUUGUGUGUCGUGAUAGCAAUGUUUUUUUUGGCUUCAUAACAAGGAACAUUCUAACAAGAUUGAGUGUUGUUUGGUUA